AUGGCCUCGGGAAAACUUACUUUUCGUCAGACGGAUGGGAAUGAAACUUAUCUACGGAGCACCUUGGAACUAGCUGCAGACAUACCGACUGAAGCUUCUUUCGAGCUUUUUGACCCCCGAAACAUGUUCCGCUAUGUGAAGUUCACGUAUACAUGGGACCUGGGGAACGGAGAAGUCAUAGUGCGAAAGGAGCCUUUUGUGCGAUGCAAUUACAACUCUUCGGGAAACUACACUGUAAGACUGACAUUGGGUGCCUACUGGGCCAGACACACACGACUAACAGGAUUCUACUCCACAGACUUAAAAGUAUUGGAUGCCAUCAGGACUAUUGAGUUCAUGGGACCUUCGGAUUAUAAAGUGUCCCAAAUUAGUAGCCUGUCCAUGUUUGUUGGUGGGAGCCCUCCAAUGUGGAUAUGUUGGUCAAUGGUGCCAAACUGUGUGGCUAUUUCCCCUGUUUCCUGCCACUGGGUGAAGUUGUACGGAAACAUAUUUAACUUGAACUACACCUUCACAUCUGUGGGCAAAUACUGCCUGAACAUGACAGUCAGGAAUGACAUCAGCACGCUUCAGACGUCCUAUGACAUUAUAGCAUGGAGAGAUCGUAAGUAUGACCAACCACUAUGUUCAGAAUACUUACAGUAG